CUGAAUGGCAUUCAUCACCCCUUCCUUUGUAUUCCUUUCAUUCGCCGCCAGUGCCUUAGCCGCCGUUGGCCCUUCCACCAAUCUACAUAUCGUUAACGCUAUCCUCUCCCCGGAUGGUUUCUCCCGCGACACCGUCUCUGCCGAAGGCACAUUUCCCGGUCCUCUCAUCACUGGUUCCAUGGGCGAUAACUUCCAACUAAAUGUCACUGAUGAGCUCACCGACGCAAACAUGCUCCAGAGUACAACAAUACACUGGCACGGUCUCUUUCAAGCUGGAACCACUGAAAUGGAUGGUGUGGCAUUCGUUAGCCAAUGCCCGAUCGCACCUGGAAAUUCUUUCUUAUAUGACUUCAGUGUUCCUGGGCAAGCAGGGACCUACUGGUACCAUUCACACCUGGCCACCCAGUACUGUGACGGUUUGAGAGGUGCAUUGGUCAUCUACGAUCCGGAUGACCCUCAUGCAUCACUGUAUGAUAUCGAUGACGACUCCACCGUCAUCACUCUAGCAGACUGGUACCAUGUAUUUGCCCCUAGUGCAGGGCUUAUUCCGACUCCCGAUUCAACUCUCAUCAACGGUCUCGGACGCUAUGCUGGCGGUCCGGCUUCAGAUCUUGCUGUGAUCUCCGUCACAUCUGGGAAGAGGUAUCGGUUCCGUCUCGCCAACAUCUCGUGUGACCCGAACUACAUCUUCUCCAUCGAUGGCCAUAACAUGACUGUCAUUGAGGCGGACGCUCAGAACACUGUCCCCGUCGUCGCUGAUUCUGUCCCCAUAUACGCCGGCCAGCGGUACUCCCUUGUCGUCACUGCCGACCAAGCAGUUGACAAUUACUGGAUUCGUGCAGUGCCUGAUGUCGGUACUACUACCUUCGAUGGAGGUUUGAACGUAGCUAUUCUUCGUUACGUCGGAGCCGAUGAAGUCGACCCUGUCACGAACCAGACCACCAGCGUCGCACCACUUAUUGAGGCUGAUCUCAACAGCCUCGACGCCACCGGUGUUCCCGGUGACCCUACACCUGGAGGAGCGGACAUCAACAUAAACCUCGAUGUCGUCUUUAACACCACUCUUCUCGAGUUCACUGUCAAUGGCACGCCCUUUAUUCCGCCUACGAUACCAGUCCUUCUCCAAAUACUCUCCGGAAGCCAGACUGCACAAGACCUCCUUCCCUCUGGCUCUAUCUAUGUCCUCGAUCCCGGAAAGACCGUCGAGAUUUCCAUCCCAGGUGGUGCUGCUGGUGGCGGCCACCCUCUCCACCUUCAUGGUCAUGCAUUCGAUGUCAUUCGUAGCGCUGGGAGCGACACUUACAACUACGUAAACCCCGUCAAGCGUGACGUCGUCAACAUUGGUGUGGCGGGUGACAACGUUACCAUCCGCUUCACUACGGACAACCCUGGACCUUGGAUCAUGCACUGCCACAUCGACUGGCAUCUUGAGCUCGGCUUUGCUGUCGUCUUCGCCGAGGAUGCCCCAGAUGUCGCGUCCACUAAUCUAGUCAACAGCGAUUGGGACUCCUUGUGCCCGACCUAUGACGCCUUGCCACCGUCCGAGCAUUAAAUCCGACCGUGGUGUCUUUCGGAAAACAGGUUCCCUCACCCCCUAGCCAGAGUGUUUGUUCGGACAUUUUACCUUCAUUUCGCUUCAUCUUGCGUUGAACUUCUCAUCUCGGUAUUCACUAUCUAUCUCGGGUUCUGUAUUGUUCUUAUUUUUUUCUAUCUUGGGCCUCAAUGCUUGUCAUAUCUUGUUCAUAUCGCAACCUAAUCCGAUCAUUGUGCAUACAAAUUAAAUCCAAACACUCUCGAAUCAG